UAUGGCGAAUGAUAGGCACAUCCUUCCACUUCCUACCUUAAUUAUGAUAGAUGGAAGACUUAGUACAGUUGCGGUCAUGGGAAACGUUAUUUUAUUGGAUGAAGUGAUUAGUUUGAUGUAGAGAGGUUUGAGGCACAGGUGGCUGAAAGUAAAGUUCCAGGAGUGUUCUCCACUUAGAACUAUUGCUCGUCCUUCUGUUUAGUUUGUACACAACGUUUUUUUUCCCUCCUCCUUGUAUCAUUUACGUUUACUCAUUGUUCGCAUUCUUGCUACAGUUGCGCAUUGGCAUUUUUUAAGGGAGAUGUCUUCCAGCAGGACAAAAACAGAGAGGGGCGUGAAAGGUUUGACUGCCCCCAAACAUAGCCCUCAUAAUCCCAGCAUCCAGUCUGCACCACAGCUUUUGAUGCCUUCUACCAAUGAAAUACAGGAAUCUGCAAGGAAGAACCUGAGAGACAAACCUACCCCAGUAGCUAGUGGGAAGAAGGGACAUGCAUCUGCUAAGGGACAUAAUCAGCCUGGAACACAGCUUGCUAAACAAAUUAACAAACUGACUGUAAGCGAUCAGCCCAAUGCUCUUUCAAGGAAAGGAUAUUCACCAAAGACUACUCCAGUCCCAGCAGUGAAAGAACCUUUAGGUCGCAAAGCAGUCUUCAGUCGAAACCGAAUUGUUAACUUAGCUGACAUUGCAGCUCUCAUACAGCGUAACUAUUGCCAUAAUAUUGUUGUAAUGGCUGGAGCAGGAAUCAGCACUGCUAGUGGAAUCCCUGACUUCAGGACACCGGGCACAGGCUUGUAUGAUAACUUGCAGCAGUAUAACAUUCCGUAUCCUGAAGCUAUCUUUGAUAUUGACUACUUCACCUGUAAUCCUAAACCCUUCUUUGCAUUGGCCAAAGAAUUUUAUCCAGGCAAAAACAGGCCCAACUACGCACAUUACUUUAUUCGGUUGCUGUAUGAAAAGGAUCUCCUCCUGAGAAUGUAUACACAGAACAUCGAUGGAUUGGAAAGAAGGGCUGGGAUACCACCUGAAAAACUUGUAGAAGCUCAUGGCACAUUUUCAUCUGCAUCAUGUCACUUGUGCUAUACCCCAUUUCCAGCUAAAGAGGCACAGGAAACCAUCAUCAAUAACAAGAUUCCAAUAUGCAAAAUUUGUUCAGGAGUUGUCAAACCAGAUAUUGUAUUUUUUGGGGAAGAUCUUCCAAAGCGUUUCUACAGCUACUCAAAAGACUUCACAAAUGCAGACCUUCUCAUUGUAAUGGGGACAUCACUUGAGAUUGAACCAUUUGCGAGCAUUGUUAAUUCAGUACGGCCCACUGUCCCAAGGUUGUUGCUGAACAGAAAUGCUGUAGGCCCCUUCAAGAGGAUUCCUUUGAGGAAUAAUGAUGUGGUGGAAUUAGGAGACCUAACUGAAAGUUUAAAGAAGUUGGUAUCGUUGCUGCACUGCAAUAAUGAGAUGGAUGCACUGAUGAAGAAGCAAGAUCAGCUGCGUCUGCAACCAGAUUGUGAUGCCCGUGAACAAAAGUCAGGAAUCCAGGAAAAUGGUUCAAGUAAAAGCCAGUCAUCACUGCCACCUCCACCACCACCAGAAGAAAUGAAAUCUAGAGUCUGCAUACCGAAAAAUGGAAAAACUGAACAAGUCACAUUUCCAGCAGUCAUCUCAACAAACCGUAGACAUGUGAAAGCCAGUGCAACAACUCGGGUAUUUUCAAGAAGAGAGAUGAACAAUAAUGCUAGUGAAGAAAGCAGUUCAGAUACUGAAAGUACUAGUUCAGCCCAAAGCAGCACAUAGGUUUGCCGUUUUCUUUCUCGCACCUUGGCAUGUUUGCCAACACUCAAAAUAGCAGUUGCACUAUAUUGAAGGUGUAUAAAUGAGGGAGAGAGAGACAAAAGUCUAAUUACAUUAUGACAUAUUUUUAAAUUUGGAUCUUAACAUUAUUUGAGUAAUCUGAAAUUCUUACUUGCAAAUAAUGCAUACAUAUCCAUAGUUGAAUAAAGUAAUGUAUAACUCUGCUAAGCUUUCAUGUCACAGAAUACAUUUUACACAUUUCCUCUAAUGGAACUAUGCAUAUGCAUGUUGUGUUUCGGCAAUGCUACUGCUGAACUUAGUGGCCAUUAUGCUGACCACUGCUGUAACAAGUUAGCCUGGGGUCAUGUUUUUGAAAAUUUGCUGCUGCAUUGGAUUUGUACAAAAUGAUAUACUAAGAGGAGAGAAAAUUUUUGUAUCUGCGUUUGUUUCCAUUAUACUUUGAAGUUAAUUUUCUGAAAUAAGUACAUUAAAAGCAGAUUUGUAGAGCACUCCAACUCUUUAAAAUACUUUAAAAUAUUUUUACAUGUAUGCAUAGACCUCAGAAACAUUUUGAAUAGUCUAUUUUUUUAGACACACACAAUGCUAGCAAUGUGUGAAGAUUACUGUUUUCCCAGUAUCAUGUCUGAAAUUUAGGAGUACUAGUGAUGCCUUCUCCCAAAGUGCUGAAGUUAUGCUCUCUAGUAGUAGCAGUAGGUGCAGCAAAGGAGUAUACGUAAAUACAGUUAAAUAAAAUUCCAUGCUUUCUUUCCCUUAAUGUGGUCUGUCUCAUCAACCAGCUGUGCUGCUUCUGAGUGUGAUCAUUCCUUGUAAUGUCAGUGAGACAUUUCCAACCAUGCCAAAUGGCUAGCAUUUGUACAAAUCUGUUUUUAGAACAGCAUUGGUGCUACAUACAUUUUGCUGUACAGUUUUCCCUGGCAUCUUAAUUGCUUUUUAUGUUUUCAAAUCAAACAAAAUGCAGCUUUAAAACUGAGCAUUGCAUUUACGGGUUGAACUUUUUUUUCCAUGGCAUUAGUUUUCAAACAAAAUGUUUCCAGUCUGCCAAGUUGAGACUAGCUUACAAGUAACCAGAUACUGCAUGCAUUUAAGACUGUCAUAAUUGUUGCCUUUCCUAGAUACAUAAAGGCAAUGGUGCGCAGAAAACAUGGAAAAUACAUUGCUAACUCAGAUGGUUAUGGUGCAGUAAUAGUGUAUCAUAUCUUUUUGUUUUUUAGCAUACUGCUUUAUGUUGCUCCUUUCCUUUUGAAAAAGGGUCCUCACUGACUAAUGAUGAUGACCUGGUAUAAGAAACUGAUAAGUCUGUAAGGUUAUACUUGUGUGGCUGACUGUAGUGCUAUAGCAUACAACUCCAGCAAAUAGUAUAUUGAAAACAGGAUAAAUCUCUGGAGUUUUGUCCAAUGUCCUGUAGUGGGAAUGCACUUUAAACAUGAAUGUUUGAUGUAAGCUGUUUUUAUAUUAUGCUAAAUUGUAAUUGUAUUAUUAACAGGGCACUUUUCCUGUUUGUACAUAGUGUAUAAAUAUGUAACCAUAAGUUCUAAUAUAUGCAAUAAAGUUUUAACUUUGA